AUGAAAGAGGAGCUUUCACCGUUGGAUGCAGAUGGAUCAAAAUUUUUAAUUUUUUUACAGCAGUCGAUUAGUGAUUGCGAAAACCAAUGCAGCAGAAGCAUUACUGAUGAUGAUCUUUGCGGAAAUAAAACUAAAAAUAAAGACAAAGAAUUUUGUUGGAGAACAUGCGGUGGCAUCCUAAACGAAGGACCACAGCCGAAAACACCGAGUCAACUCAGCUGGACCUUCACACCAUCCUACGCCAUUGAUAUCACCUGGCAUGGUGAUGGAACUUUCUUUUUGCUGGAACUGUCUGCAAUUUCAGAAAACCAAAACGAACGCGUUGAAAAUAUCAUAAUAACUACAGCAUCACUGAAAAAUUAUACGAAAUCAGCGGCAAACUUCUGCAAAACGCUUCUGUUUCGAGUGGCAUCGGUGACAAGCGGUGGCGUCAGUGAUUACAGUGAUGCGCACACAAUCUCUGCACCAGCUCCCGAAAUCACUAGCAAUGUAACGGUUCACUCGAUGGAAUACAUCUUAAUAUCUUGCGCAUUUUUCACUUACAGAAUCAGCGUUUUAUCGACAGUGGAUAUUAUUCCAACGGGUCCAUCAAGCUGGUUCUAA